GAGGGCCCCUCCCCUUAGCCCCUCCCCAAAGGGGGCGUGUCCCCCCACGCAGGCCCCGCCCUUUCCGGCACCACCACCAUAGAGACGCGCGGACGCUGCCGCCGUUCCCCGGAAGUGACGCCGCGCGCACACGGAAGUACCGGAGCGAGCGCCGGGAUGUCGCGCGCCACCAAGCGGAAGCACGUGGUGCGGGAGCUGCUGGAGGAGCGCGUGCUGCCGGCCCCGCGACAGCGCAUCGUGCGGGUGUUGGGGACGCCGGGGAACAACCUGCACGAGGUGGAGACGGCCGAGGGGACGCGGUUCCUGGCCAGCAUGCCCCCCCGCUUCCGCCGCCACAUCUGGAUCAAGAGAGGUGACUUCCUGCUGGUCGACCCCAUCGAGGAGGGGAUGAAGGUCAAGGCCGAGAUGUCCCUCGUGCUCCUCCCCCCCCACGUCCGCUUCCUGCAGCGCCAGGGGCUCUGGCCCGAGGCUUUCGCCCCCCUGGAGCGGCCGAACCCCCCGGAGGGCCACCCCCCCCCCGGGGACGGGGAGCUCUUCGUCAACACCAACCGGGCGGGGGCCGUUGGGGACGCGGGUGACAGCGAGGAUGACACGGGCGACAGCGAGGAUGACACGGGCGAUGAGGACGCCGCGGGUGACAGCGAGGACGCCGCGGGUGACAAUGACGCCGCGGGUGACAGCGAUGACGCCGUGAUGCACCCAAGGGACAGCGGGGACGGUGGCCGUGGGGACACGCGGUGCCCCCCCCAGUGAGGGGGGGGGUGUCCCCUGGGGCUGCCCCCCCAAAUAAAGGACUGCUGGUGGCACCGGG